AUCCUAAACUAUGCAGAGCGGAUUGUUGGACACCAUCAAAACACUUGAGCCUUCAUCAUCCUACGAAUAUCGACCCCUUGAAACUGUCAUCUCUAUGAAACACGGAUAAUCGAACCUAGGUCGCGUAAGACAUAUAUCGACUUGGAAACGACCUCUUACUUUCCAUGAGCAUGCAAUCAUAACAAACGGGCUGCUGUUCAGCCGCUGGCUGGGACUAAUUCAAAUGAAACUCCCCUCGACUUCUCGUGUACAAUUCUUUGAUCAUAUUUGCUCAUGUCGUCGCCCGAUCAUGCCAGGAUGGCUCUGGCCGAGGGAAGUGAAGGAUCAUCAAAUGCACAGGCCUUAAUAGACCUUGAGGCCGAAGAAAAGGGCUCUGCCACUGUCGAGUCGAGGCCCAACGAUGCUUCCAUGACUCAAGGGAAAGAGGAGGAUACAGGGCCUUCCCAGAAGCUCCAAGACCUUCGUAUCGGCGACGAUGCUCCCGCUACAACCGAUGCGUCCAAGCUGCAGAAGCCCCUCCCUUCGACGCCGCCUCUUCUCCCUCAACCAGCGACCACGGCUCCAAAGCCCUACCGAGACCCGACGCCCAAGACUCCUACGAUAUCGAGGCAUCCUUCUACAAAGGCUCCGGAUGUUGAUUACAAUGAGAAAGACUCUGACUAUACUCGAGACCCUCCAAACGGUCUGGCCAGCGCCUCGGGACAAAAAUCUGGGCCAGAUAACGAUGCCGAGUCAGCUUCAGAGAUACAAAGCAUAAUGGAUCAAUUCGAUGAUGCCUCUCUGGCGCCAUCGAAGGAAGACAUAAUGUCUCCCAGGCAUGAAAUGGCUGGGCCUAUACUUGGAAUGGGCUCUCACUUUCCGCCCCGGAGGUCUAGCCUGGAUCACAUUCGAUCAAGAGACAUGGAUCUGAUAGCAUCGUCACCAGUCGCAGCUCAUGCGGAGAAGCCUCUGCCUUCACCUCCGUCAGACUCUGUAGAGAACGAAAAGGAAGCACUGAGAAGCCCCUCACUGAAGGGCACAAGUGCCCCUUCGACGACCUCUUUGCCGCAUCAGCCACCACCUCCCGAACCAGAGCCGGAAUUACCAUUUGAUUUUCAUCGCUUUCUGGAACAACUUCGACAUAAAUCUGCGGAUCCAGUGGCGAAGUUCUUGCGUUCGUUUCUAACAGAGUUUGGUAAGAAGCAAUGGAUGGUCCAUGAACAAGUCAAGAUUAUAGGCGAUUUUCUGGCCUUCAUCACGAACAAGAUGGCUAUUUGCGACGUUUGGCGUGAGGUAUCAGACAACGAAUUUGAGAAUGCUAAAGAGGGCAUGGAGAAGCUCGUCAUGAAUAGACUUUAUUCACAAACGUUCUCGCCUGCAAUCCCUCCACCUCCGUCACUACCGGCGCGAUCGCGAUCGAGGGGUCGGCGGAAAGAGCAAGAAAAGAACCUGGGCGUUGGCAGACGUGGUCAACACCAAGAAGACGUCGAACGCGAUGAGAUCCUGGCCCAGAAGAUACGCAUCUACAGCUGGAUUCGUGAAGAGCAUCUGGACCUACCCCCAGUUGGUCCUAAUGGUGAAAGAUUCUUGAGAUUGGCCCAACAAGAACUGCUGAAGAUCAAGGGCUAUCGAGCGCCAAGGGAUAAGGUCAUUUGUAUCUUGAACUGCUGCAAGGUUAUAUUUGGAUUACUCAAGAAUGCAAAGAGCUCAGAUACCUCGGCCGACUCUUUUGUGCCACUGCUGAUCUACGUUGUGCUGCAAGCGAACCCCGAAAACCUGGUAUCAAACGUUCAGUAUAUUCUGCGAUUUCGAAAUCAAGACAAACUCGGUGGCGAGGCAGGGUAUUAUCUCUCAUCUUUGUCCGGGGCAAUUCAGUUUAUCGAGAAUCUGGAUCGCACGACUCUGACUGUCAGUGAUGAAGACUUUGAACGGAACGUCGAGCUUGCAGUGUCAGAAAUCGCUGCACAAAACCGUGAAGCCGAGGCCAUAAGCCCUCGUGCAUUAUAUCGAGAGAAGUCCAGCAUUGCUGAACCAGAAUUGACUCCGAGAAACUCGGUGGACGUCACGUCGACCAGUCCUAUACGGAGAGAUCCCAGCCGGAUCAAUAGUAAUUCCGAGGGUGGUACCGACGAUGGAGUGACCAGCAUUCUACGUUCUAUUCAAAAACCGCUCUCGACAAUUGGUCGGAUGUUUUCUGAUCAAGACACUUCGCAGGAGCCGAGUGCGGCUCCGAGUCCCACCCCACAGCAACAGCAGCAGCAUCAGCAAGGCGCCCGCCUGAGCCCAUCAGUAUUCCAGCCAGUUGGUGCCGACGGCAGAGUGCCAUCUUACGACGCGCAAGAGGCAGCCGCGAGACAGGCAAGUGCUGAGGCAGCAGAAGCACGACGAAUUCAAAAACAGGAACAUAGAACUGUGGUCGAGACGUUGUGUGGCAUGUUUCCGAACCUCGACAAAGAAGUGAUUGACGACGUUGUCCGUCAGAAGGAAGGUCGAGUCGGUCUUGCGGUCGAUGCUUGCUUGGCUCUGACUGCUGGAAGCUAGAAGCCGAACGCGUAACUAGAGUUCCGGUUUCGUCUUCUCUUCCUCUUUCAUCUCAGGAGGAAAAGAGGGGGGAAAGCGAGGAAUGAAGAAAGAUUAAUUCGGGGGCGGAACACGGAAUGAUCAAAUCCGACGAAUACCGUUCAUGAGACACCAACGGACGUUCGCUUUGCAUGUGCUAUUUUACGCGACAUAUGGUCCGCUCAAUCAGUCGUUCAGGCAGUAACCUCGGCCUGCUACGACUUGCACACGCAGGAGGACUAUGAAGAUCCAAAAACGCAGCAUUUGACUGGUGGAUUGAGGGUGAACCAUUACUUUGAUUGUUGAGGCUUGGACUCAUCGUCUGUGAGAGCUUGCGGCAGGAUCAUCAUCACCAUCGGCAAUCAAUGGCUUAACACCAACGAUAAUGACUCGGUUGGUACUCUUGACACGCACAGGGGUCGCCUCAACGCGCGCAUGCACCAUUUUGGCUCCAUGCAACUCGAUCACGACCCCAUCCAAGAUCGGUUUCGUGGUCUCCGGAACAAUCGAUAAAUUACUCGCGCGGUACGUGUUCAGUGGGAGCUUCUCUUUUCUGGCCGUCGGCUGCGUUGGAGAGAGCAAGGCAGGAAGAGAGAGAAGAGAUCAUAAUUUCCUGACCUUGCACUAUUGAGCCCAGUAUUUUAACCCCUGCGAAUUUACGCGGGCUCUGCCCGCAAUGAUACGGAUAGAUAUACUACUGCGUGCGGAUACUGGAACCAUAUUCCGUACAUACCUAAUAAUUGAGCGCCUUCUUUUUCC